CUCUGAUGAGUUCUGCUUCCAUUCUUCUUUUGAACUCUUCCUCUCUGAUGAGUUCUGCUUCCAUCAGCUGGUUGACCUCAUACGCCAAUUCUUUCACAUUUGGGGCUUGAAUUGAUGCUUGGUGAGAAGGGUUGUUCUCUGAUAUGUCGGGAGGAGGCACUUCGGUCAGGCUUGGAUACUGCUUUGGAGUUUGGAUAACUGGAGCCUCUUCUGUUAUUUCUGCUGUGUCUUCAUUUACUGGCAGAUCUGCUGCUUCUACCAAAUCUUUGUUCAUAGCGCUUUUUCCAGGUCCAUACCACGAGGGUCGUCCAGCUUUGAUCCAUGCCUCUUGCUGUUGUAGCCCUCGGAGUGAAAAUGUCAGCAUUGAAGGACUGAGUGUCUGGAACCUCAGAGUCACUACGGUCCAGUGUGCAAGAAGACUGCCGAAACCUUAAAGGAAACACCAAAGAUGAAAGCUACAGAUACUCUAAAUCAGUUGAGAAUAAUAAGAGUCCUGUGACCAGAUAUCAAAGUUUGCGGAUCAGGUAGGAGGCCGGCAGCAGCCCGCAGCCCCACCAACAGACUGCCUGCUGCUGUGCUGACGGAGGACCGCUGCACACAAAGCAUGAAAAGUGUGGAUUCCAGGGGCCAAAGGCCAGCGUGAUGGGCUCUGCACUUCCCGGCCGGCCAGGGGAGAAAGGAACGGCUCAGUCAGCAGGCCAGGGCCACUGGAGCGAUGAAAAGAUAAUUCUCCCCCCCACCGCUGCUGGACCUCAUGCGGCGUCAAACCAUUUGAUCCCUUUUCCCCCCCUGCUCUCGAGUCCUGUUCUAGUUGUGGGUAGGGAUGCUGUGCGGACCAUUCCAUCGUCUGUCCCAAGCUUAUGGAGAACCGCUGACUCGCUUGCUUCCAGGAACCAGGGUGCUGAAAUGGAACAUAUAUUUUUGAUUCUUUUACUGUUCAGUAAAGCUUUAUCAGCUGGAGCUCAAUUCAAUGGAUAUAACUGUGAUGCCAACUUUCACAGCCGCUUCCCCGCUGAGAGGGAUAUCAGUGUGUACUGUGGGGUGCAGACCAUCACCCUCAAGAUCAACUUCUGCCCCGUCCUCUUUUCUGGCUACACUGACUCUGACCUGGCACUCAAUGGUCGCCAUGGAGAUGCCCACUGCCGCGGUUUCAUCAACAACAACACCUUCCCCACUGUAGUGAUCUUUAGUAUCAGUCUGGCCACGCUGGAGUCCUGUGGAAACUCCCUGGUGGUCUCCACAGCUCAAGGACCCAACGCUUAUGGCAACCUGUCACUGGUGCAGAUUGGGAACAUAUCAGGGUACAUCGACACUCCGGACCCCCCCACCAUCAUCAGCUACCUGCCAGGGCUGCUGUACAAGUUCAGCUGCAGUUACCCGCUGGAAUACCUGGUGAACAACACACAGCUGGCCUCGUCAGCAGCUGCAAUCUCAGUGAAGGAAAGCAACGGUACUUUCAUCAGCACAUUGAAUCUACUGCUAUACAAUGACUCAUCGUACAUCCAGCAGCUGUCCAUCCCCAUGGCUGGACUCACCCUGAAGACGCGCGUGUUCGCAGCUGUCAAAGCCGCUAACCUGGAUCGAAGAUGGAAUGUUCUGAUGGACUACUGUUAUACCACGCCCUCUGGAAACCCCAACGAUGACCUCCGCUAUGAUCUUUUCUUUAGUUGUGACAAAGACCCCCAGACCGCUGUCUUUGAAAAUGGCAAGAGCCAGAUGGGACGCUUUGCCUUUGAAGUAUUCCGCUUUGUGAAGCACAAGAACCAGAAGAUGUCCACCGUCUUCCUGCACUGUGUCACCAAACUGUGUCGGGCUGAUGACUGUCCAAUGCUCAUGCCAAUCUGUGGCAGCAGGAAGAAGAGGGACGUGUCGGAGGGGGGGGAAUCCAGCGCUGCGUCUGGGAACGCCGUCCUGACUGCGGGGCCGAUCAUCACUCGCAGUGAUGACACGCCAACCAACAACUCUCAGCUGGCCCACCUGAAGGCGCCAGUGUUUCAGAUGAACACAGUGACCAGUGCUCUCAUCUCGGGGGUGAUCAUCCUGGGCGCCAUUAGUGUCUGCUUCUUCAUCUUCUCCCUCACCCUCCUCAAAGGCAAAAGCACUCCGAUCAGCAGCCUGUCGGGGGUCCGCAACCCGGCCUUCAACUGAGCACCUGAACGCACCUCACUGCAGGCACUCCUCUAACUGACAAUGCUAAGCCAGGGUCAAACAACAUGGUGUAAUGAUAUUUGUGAAUGUAGUCAUUUAACAGAAGAAUAAAAGCUAAAUGUUGAUGUAGAGAAGGGUUAACAGGUCUGUACAAUGUGCAUUAGUGUAGAGUAAAGCAAGACCUUUGAUGUUCUACUUUGUGUUUCAACCAUGUGGCGGGCUACGCCGCGUCCUGCAUGUUAAUAUUCCUCAUACAGCUUUGACCCACAUAGCAGGGACAAUCCUAACUUAAAUCAUUACCUCAGCUCUACAGCUUUUAAUUGCAGGGUAUAGAAUCCAAUCCCAGGCUCACAGUUCGUUUUUACAGAGCAUAGUAUGUUGGUAAAACUCACACUUCCUGCUUGGAGGAGGAACAAUUUAAACACUGCAAUGAAAAUACAACUUGAGAGAAUGAGGGCAACUACUGUAUAAAAUGAACCCAAACUGGAUGUAGUGAACUAUCAAAUACAUGUAUAUAAAUAGAUGUAUUUCCAGGAGACAGACUAAUAAAAGAUGUGGUUUAUGAUUUAUCAAUUGACAGGUCUGUUUUACCAACAUAUGAACUUCACUCACACUAAACAAUUUAUGCAAUGUGGCAGCAAUACUGAUGUUAAGUUCCAUGUGUACAUCUACCCAUAGUAAUUGUGUAUAACCCAAACUGUGUUUUUGUAAGUGUCUUUAAUGAUCUUUUCCUGAAAUGUACAAAUUGUGAACUAUUGUGCAUAUUGCAAACAUUGAAAUUUGACUUGUCAUUAAAACUUGCCGCUGUCAUA